UGAGCGGCCGCGGCGCCGCCGCCAUGGGCGCGGGCGGGGGCGGCCCCGCGCUGCCCGAGCGCCUCCGCCUGCCCCUCUGCUUCCUGGGCGUCUUCGCCUGCUACUUCUACUACGGGAUCCUGCAGGAGAGCAUCACCCGGGGCCGCUACGGCGAGGGCGCGGCGCAGGAGCGCUUCCAGCACGCCCUGUCCCUCGUCUUCAUCCAGUGCGUGAUCAACGCCGCCUUCGCCAAGCUCCUGAUCCGGUGCUUUGACGCCGUCAAGGUGGACCGGACGCGGAACUGGCUGUACGCGGCUUGCUCGCUCUCCUAUCUGGGCGCGAUGGUUUCCAGCAACUCGGCUCUGCAGUUCGUCAACUAUCCAACUCAGGUCUUAGGCAAAUCUUGUAAGCCCAUUCCAGUUAUGCUUUUAGGAGUGACUUUGCUGCGCAAGAAGUACCCACUGGCCAAAUAUCUCUGCGUCCUCCUAAUAGUCACAGGCGUGGCCCUGUUCAUGUACAAGCCUAAAAAGGGGACUGGAAGCGACGACCACGUCUUUGGCUAUGGAGAGCUCCUUCUAUUGCUGUCUCUGACUUUGGAUGGACUGACCGGUGUAUCUCAGGACCACAUGAGAGCUCACUAUCAAACUGGUUCCAAUCACAUGAUGUUAAACGUUAAUCUAUGGUCCACCUUGUUCCUAGGGGCUGGGAUACUGUUUACUGGAGAGCUCUGGGAGUUCUUGAGUUUUGCUGAACGUUACCCCAGCAUCCUUUACAAGAUCCUACUGUUCGGCCUGACAAGUGCACUGGGUCAGAGUUUCAUUUUCAUGACUGUGGUAUACUUUGGACCUCUGACCUGUUCCAUCAUCACCACAACACGGAAGUUCUUCACCAUUUUAGCAUCCGUUAUUCUAUUUGCUAAUCCCAUCAGUACAAUGCAGUGGGUGGGGACAGUCCUGGUGUUCUUGGGCCUUGGACUUGAUGCCAAAUUUGGGAAGGGAGUGAAGAAGACAUCACAUUGAGAUGUUCAAACUCUGCAGUUGGAAUGAACUUUUAAUUUAUUGUCUUGUACCUCAAAAUCUGUUAUGAAACUGGACUCAGGAUGGGUAGUUAGAAGGGGAGUGUCUGGAUUUUUUUUUUCUAGUUUUUUAAUUCUGAGCUGUCUUAAAACGUAAUAGUUUUGUUUUAACUGUAAUCAAAUGUUUAAUUUUUUUUCUGUAAUCAAAGCUGCAUUACUAGAUUCUAGCAGUAGGAUGAAAUUCUUGCCUUAACAGGAGGAAGGACUUCAUAUCUUUAUUAAAGAAAAGGAGACAAUGGCCAUUUUCCAGAACUUUUAAUUUCAGACCAGCUGACUGAUCUUGGGGAAAGAACUAUCUUUGGAUCUUGCAGCAUUCUCUUUUGAAUCUGAUCAGUGCAACUAUACCUUACUCCAAGGAGAGGACUAGUUUUAGGACAAUUUAUUUUAGUGUUUCACAUAGCCUGGGAAGACCUCAAGAUUAAAUGCCUGUGAUGAAGGCAGAAGCCCCUCUUCUGAUUCUCUGAUUUUUCCAUAAGCGAGAACUGGCUGGUAGAGCAGCCAGUUGGACGUUCUUCCAUUAAGAUAAUGCACCUCAAUGUUUACAUGUACUAUAUCCUUCACCUGAGCCCUUCUAAAACAGAAAUAACUCCUGGCAUUAUGUACAAGUUUACGGGAAACCUGUUUAACCACUGGGGGCCAAAGCAAUUCUUUUCAUCCCCCCUUGCUGAUGAAGGAACAAGACCCUCUGCUGCUAAAGCCAUGCCAAGGUUGUGUGACAACAGCUUUUAAAUGUUGAAAGGGGCCUUGUUAAUUAACCACCAUCUCAGAGAGCUUUGGAGUGCCUGCUCCUGAGUGCACCUGCUAGCUCCCAGUGUUGUAGGGGAGGAGUUGUUAUCAUAAUGAUGUCUUCAGAGUUGGAGAGCAAAAUUCUCCAAAGAGCAAACUUUACACAUGAAAGCCUGUUUCUACCAGCUGUCAUUUGGUCUCCAUCUGUUCGGUGGCUUUGGCCUUUUGUCCCUCCAGAUGGGAUCUUGAUCUCUUUCCUGAGCGGCUGUUGUAAGUCUUUUUCUAGCCCCCACCUCGCCCAUCCCUCCAGUGUUUCUCACAAUUUUUUUGGCCUCAAAUUUGGUGUUAAUCUCUCACUAUCCCACCACUCUAGUCAAAAAAUGUGUUUUUUUGCAAAAUUAAACCUGAGAAUAUUGGAAGUUUA